CUAAUCCUGCAAUAAAGAAUUCACCGUUCAAAUCUUACAAUAGAAAAAACUUUGAUUAUUAGAUUUUUAACCCUCGCUCAGUCUAAAGAUUGGUCCUUGCUAUUUGCCGGGUCUGUUUUGAGAUUCCUUAAGAUUCAUCACUAGGUUAGUUGUGGAAUUGCUUUCAUUCAGUUGUUUUCAAAAAAGGGUUUAUGUUGUGUAAUGGAUUCUGAGUAGUUUUGACAGGUUGGCAAGUGAAGGACUACUGGGAAAAAUGAAGUCCACAUGUUGGUGUGUUGUUCUUCUGUCAUCACUCCUCUCUAUAGUAACUAUUGUCGAUUCAUCUGCUUCUGGAAGUUCUAAUGUUCUGAAGACAGAGAGUCUGAAGUCGAGAGCGAAGGACCUCUGGAAAUCAGACACCAGUAAGGAUUUAUCCAUCAGCCGCCUGCUCUCCCAGUCCCUUUAUGACAAGAACCUUACUGACCUAAAUCAGAACUCGUACAAGUUGAAAACAUACUCUAAACAGGAACUGGAUCUGAACUACGACAAGUUGGGACCGUAUUCUAAACAGGAACUCUUGGACUGGGUCUACAACACCUCUGGCCUCAAUCCUCCCCGCUCCCGAUCCAAGAGAAGACCCAUCGUCAAGACGGGCAAGUUUAAGAAGAUGUUCGGUUGGGGCGACUUCCACUCCAACAUCAAGACAGUCAAGCUCAACCUGCUGAUCACGGGGAAGAUCGUUGAUCAUGGCAACGGCACGUUCAGCGUCUACUUCCGCCACAACGCCACAGGCCAGGGCAACGUAUCGGUGGGGCUGGUGCCGCCAAGCAAGGCUGUAGAGUUCCAGCUGCAGCAGUCAACGGUGCUUGAGCCCAAGGACACCAAGCUGUUCAACUGCAGGGUGGAGUACGAGAAGGUGGAGAAGGGCACCAGGAACUCCCUGUGUGCCCACGACCCCUCACAGAGCUGCCCUCAGGAGCAGACACAGAGCCACGUGUCCUGGCUGUGCUCCAAGCCCUUCAAAGUCAUCUGUAUCUACAUCUCCUUCUACAGCACCGACUAUAAGCUGGUGCAGAAAGUUUGUCCGGACUACAACUACCACAGCGACACUCCCUACCUCCCCACGGGGUGACUGGCUGAGCCGCUGCGGGAAAGGAGCGGAGACAGGGCACCGGGUCCUGAGAUGUGUCAGUCAUUUGAGCGGUAGGCUGGCACUGCCCUGAAUAAAACAGGGGGGAUGCUGUUCUGUUAGACCUGAACAGUUAAAAAGUAUUAUUAAAGCUAAUGUAUCCCUGCUGCUUGUGCGAUCGCUACACUGAGCAGACCUUCCCUAUGGCCAUUGUACAAGCAUGUAGGACGCAACAUUUCCUGGCUUGGUUAACUUUCUACUCGUGUAUUUCGAAAGUGCUCAGCUGGAUCACUCCCUGAAGAUUUGCAACUAUGUAAAUAAUAACAGAUAAAUCCCUUACGUCAUUCUUUUUUUUCUUCUAAUUGGACUCUUUGUGUUGAUGGAAUAAUAUUUUGAAAAUUCUGUCUCUGUUGUUAUCCAUUUCUGUUUAUUACUGGUAAUCACAAAGUGGAAUCAAAUAAGUAGAUGUCAGCUAAUUGUGAAGGAGAGUGUUAGAAUGCAUUAAGACUGGCCAUCUUGUUUGUAUCUGAAUAACCUAACGUAGCAGGUGUAAAAAAAAAAAAACACCCCACCUAAAACCAGAUCCACUAUGAUGGUGUUGAUAAGACUGAAACAAUAUCUUUAGAGAAGUUCUCUUCUGCAUUGUUCAACAAAUAUAGGAAGCACAAAGGAGGUAUUAAGAUAAAGUCUACAAUUAGUUGUGUUACAUUUUAAGAUUUGUUAAAUUCCAGAACUAGUUGUAAUGAACAAGAUGUUUCCACAAAAUGUUCUGGAACAAUCUUGAACCAACGUUAAGGUAUGUUUAACUCCAAUUUGGGGUGGCGAGGCGAAGAACAUUGAGUAGCAUGUUUAUAGGACUGUGGCCAUGUUGACAAAGGUCCUCAGACCAGAACUCAGCCUCAAACCCUGACCACUCCUCAGCUUCAUGUGUGAAUGUUUCAUUAAAUGAAAUGUGGCAGAAUGUUAAAAAAACUGUGAAAGCAGCUCUUUUUAAAGUCCACAAACAGAAAUUGCACCACGAUUGGUAACAUCUUUUAAAAAAUAUUUAUUUAUUUUAACCUCUUUAAAGUUUAACCUCUUUAACUUCUUUAAACUUUCUUUAUUCAAAUUAUAUUUUCAAUUAUUUAAAAUCAACGUCUUGUGAUUUCCCCAUGAGAAAAUAACAUGUCAAGGAUUCACUGUCUAUAAUUGCUUAAAAUAACACUGAUAAAAUUAAAGGAAACUACAGCAUGCAAGGAGCUGCUUCGAAAGGCAUAAACAGGUCAUGCAAUAAACUGCAGGGUUCGCACAUUAUAACAGCCAUAUAAUCUCACUUCUGAUACCAAGAAUGCAAAUUCUGGAUGAUUAUGACAGUGAUAACACUAUGAUACUGGAUUUUUGAUUUGGCCAUUAAGCUUUCAUUAUGCUAAUGUGAUGCUUGCAGCAGAUUGUGAAACAUCUACAAAACCAUCACUGUGAUCGCCAUCCCUGUGUGAGAGCAUAUUGUCUGGGAUUUACUCAGAUACAGUAGGAAUAGGAAUCCAUUAUGAAAUGGAUAGGCACCUGGAGGUAUAGUGCUUUAUGCUCUUUGCAAAGUACAAUGAAAUAGUGAAUUAUUACUAUUUAUGGUAUUUAGUACUGCACACUUGCAAACAGACUCAUUUAGAGAUUUUGACACAACCUAAAAAAGGAAAGCUAUGUUUGACAAGGUGCUGAAUAACUAAUUGUACAUUUACAUGCAAUGUUCUUUACAUUUUCCUGUGUAGACUGGGGACCAUUUGAUGAGAUGGUUGAGAGUGUUGAAAGAGAUUUAUCAUGGUAAUGAACAGAGCUGACAGAAAGAAAUAUUAACAUUUGACUCAUAAAUUGAGAGCAGUUAUCUGUCAUCAUGGCUACUGCAUGACAAAUGUUUCAGAUUACUUUUUUGAGAGACUCUUCCAUUUUUAUAAAGAGUCAUCUUCUACACAAGGUUGACUAUUUUAAUAUACUGGAGCCUCUUCUUUUACAGAAUACACUACUACUUGAGUUAUAGUAAAUAUUUUCAAAAAUAUAUACGAGAAAUGCUUAAAUUGCAAUCUCAUUUUUAUGAAUUAAACUCUGUCAUUAAUAUACUGUCAUGAUUUACAAAAUGAUCAAGUUAUAAUAUACUGUCAUGAUUAACAAAAGGCUUUUAAUUAUGAAAUUAUCAGCCGUCCCAGAUCCAGUGCUGAUUGUUUAAAUUGUCCUGGGCCAGAAUCAUGCUCCACUCCUCUGGUCUCCUCCUGCUCUCAGAGAACCUCCUGAUUAAUGUGGUCCGGGAGGGAGCUGUCACAAAUGGCAGAGGGAAUCAGGGGAUUUCUACUUCAGAAUCCCAAUGACACCCAGCAGCUGCAAUGAACAGAUGACUAACCACUGGCCUUUUGCCUGCCAUUGGAGACUGACUGCUAGAUGGGGGUGAGCUGUAAACGUUGCCUUGACAUUUAGGUGGAUUAAAAAGUUCUUCGGAUCUGGCUUUCCUGGUGCCAGAGGUAGUUGGCUUCGUAAUUAUUUGUCGCUUGGUCUUUUUUUCUGGAAGCUAUGAUAAAAAGUUGCUGUGUACCAUGCUCAUUUACAGUCCUUCACUUAUUGUAUGUUGGACCACUUCGUUAAAUGACUUCUGUAUCGGAUAUGACAUCUGCAUUACUGACCAAAUAGCAUAUCACUCACAAACCGAUAAUCAAAUUGGAUGUCAAAUUACUUAUUUGAGUAUGUGGAAUUGGAAUCUAAUUCCAGUAUGAUUCUUUGCUGUCAGUUCAUAUCAUGUAAUAUUAUUGCAGCAUUCAUUUCAUUUCUUGGAUUGAAUAUGUGGGGUUCAUUUCUGUGUGAAAUACUGACAUAUUA